UCAGGGCCGGACCGGGCCGUGGCGCGGGGUGGCGGUCUCGGUCUGGGCCGGGCGGUGGUCGCCGCCGUCAUGGAGCGGUUCUUGGAGGGGCGGAGGGCGGCCCUGCAGGAACACAUCCAGCAGCAUCAGGAGGUGCAUGUGGUGAUGGGCAACGAGGCCUGUGACCUGGACUCCACCGUGUCUGCCCUGGCCUUGGCUUAUUUCCUAGCAAAGACCUCUGUGCCACCCAAAGCCGCCUUCAUCCCAGUGCUGAACAUCCCACGCUCUGACUUUGCCCUGCGCACGGAGACAACGUUCCUGCUGCGGGAGCACAACAUCCCCGACUCCUCGCUCAUCUUCCGCGAUGAGAUCGACCUGCUUGGGCUGCACGGGGCUGGGCUGCUCUCCCUGACUCUGGUGGAUCACCACGUCCUGCCUAGCACCGACGCAGCCCUGGAGGAAGCCGUGGUGGAUGUGCUGGAUCACCGGCCACUGGAGCGGGAGUGGGCGCCCAGCUGCCAGCUCACGGUGGAGCUGGUGGGUUCCUGUGCCACAUUGGUGACGGAACGGAUUGCACAGGGGCCCCCGGGCGUGCUGGACCGGACCACGGCUGCACUGCUGCAUGGCACCAUCCUGCUGGACAGCAUUAACCUGAGCCCUGCUGCUGGCAAGGUGACCCCUCGCGAUGUGCUCUGCGUCUCCCUGCUUGAGUCGCGCUUCCCGGAGCUGCCGCCCCACGACAGCAUCUACAAAGCACUGCAGGCAGCCAAGUUUGAUGUCUCAGGGCUGACAACGGAGCAGAUGCUGCGGAAGGACCUCAAAACAGUCUCUGGGGAUGAACAAGUCCUUGCCAUCAGCGGCAUCUACAUGGACAUAGAGCUCUUCCUGCGCCGUCCCGGUUUGCUGCAGGACCUGGAAACGUUCUGCCAGGCUCGUGGUUACUCCGUGCUGGUGGCCAUGACGGUUUCCUUUAAUGAGUGCUAUGAGCCCACGCGGCAGCUGGCGGUGUACAGCCAGAACGGGGCCCUGCGGAACAUGGUGUGCUGUGCACUGGAGGAGGCCACAGCCCCAGCGUUGCAGCUGCAGGCCCUGCCCAGCCCCUGGCCUUGCAUUAGUGCCUAUGCACAGGGUAACUCGCUGGCCUCCAGGAAGAAAGUGCUGCCCAUCCUCAGGGCUGCUCUGGGGGGAGGGCCGGGCACUGCAGCAGGGCAGGAGGAGGAGGCGGCCCCUCCGCCCACCCCCAUGAACAGCCUGGUGGAAGAGAGCCCGCUGGCACAAGCCGUGCCCCCUGUCUGCCCCCAGGCUGUGCUGGAGCGGGUCAGCCGCAUGGCCACAGAGCAGCACCCCCCUGACUCUAAGUGAGGGGUCCCUGGUGGUGCUCAGGGUGCUGUGGGGGUCACAUCCCCAGCAUGGAGCUGCAGCUUCCUCUGUCUGAGCCUGGCUGGCUGCUGCAGCCCCCUCCUCACUGCCAGUGCUCCCAAAGCACCCCUCCCCCCCCCCUUCCCACUGGGGUUGGUGCUGUGGGGUCUGCAAGGAGUGAGGCAGCACACAGUUAAUGAAGGCACUGAGGGGGGGGUUAAGGAACUCUUCCCCUCCUGGCUGUUGGGGGGGUCUGAAGUGCCAGGUCUGGGCACACAGCUGGCUGGAGACUGUUAGCCACCAAUUCAGGAUUAAAUUUACCUCUUCCCCCUCACUGCUGGCUGUUGGUUUUUCUUUAUGAAUCCCCAGUGCUGCCUCACACCCCACCUGGACACACAGCACAGCCCCAUAGAGCUGAACCCCCAUCUACAUCCACCACCCCCCCUCAGCAGUGAGCAGCCCGGGCAGCCCGCAGGCCUAGCACAAGAUUUUAUUUCAAAGGUGGGGUUGUGUCGGUUUUUGUUUGUUUCCAAAGGGGGGAUAAAAAGUGACUCAAACAUCUGCACUCACCAGGUGCAGCGUUGGGGCUGAGCAGCCCAGCAUCACUGGGAGCACAGGGGAGGGAAGGGAAGCUCUGCUGCCCCGCUUGGCUCCGGCAUCUGCUGGUUCCUGUUCAGCCCCGGCGCUAUUUAAACUAUGUACACGUGCACCUGAAUUCGGAACCUGAGAGUCCCUCCUUCUUGGGGGAGCAGCUGGUGCUGGUAAAAGCCCAGCGGUAACAGGAGAGGCCAAAUGGGAGGAUUUUAGAGCUUUAAAAAAGAAACAAAACACAGAACAACCCCCUCCCCCCC